GAAGGUAUAUUACUUGAUGAAGAUAAGGUUUUAAAGAUUAAGGAUUACUCUAUAUCUACCAACUUACAGCAACUAAGAGGAUUCUUAGGCCUAGCUUCUUAUUAUCAUAGGUUCAUAAAGAACUUCUCUAAGCUAGCCUGGCCUUUACAUGACCUAUUAAAGAAAGAUAGAGUGUAUAAGUGGAAUAAGGGCCAGCAAGAGUCUUUUAAAACAUUAAAACAAAAAUUAAUUACUGUCUCAGUUCUCAAUUACCCCAACUUCUCAAGGCCCUUCCACCUACAUACUAAUACUUCAGGCACAGGACUAG